AUGCAUAAAUUCAUGAUUUUUUACCAGGGAAUUUUUUUUAUUAUAUAUAUAUAUAUAUUUAUUCCUUUCCUUCUUUCCUUCUUUCUUUCCUUCUUUCUUUCCUUCUUUCUCUUCUAUCCUCAAUUAUUUUUUUAUAUUUUUCCUUUUCUUUACUUCUUUUUUCUUGUUUUCUCGUUUUUCAUAUAUUUUUCUUUCAUUUUUCCAUAUUUUUUCAUUUGGUUUUUCCGUCCCAGUCUUUUUACUCGAAAAACACGACUUCUUUCUAGCCGUUCUCUUUCCUUUUCACUUUCUUUUCUCUUUCGCCUUUCUUUAUAUUACUCUUUUUCUUUCAUCCUUUGGUUUGUUCCAUUUUUCUCCGCCGCUUAUACUCCUCGUCUCCUUCGUUCCCUUUUUCAUUUAUCAUUUUGCUAUCUCUCUCUUUUUCUCUUCCCCCUCUCUCUCUCUUUCUGUUCACCUUCUCUUUCUCUCUCUUACCCUCUCUCUCUCUCUCUCUCUCUCUCUCGAUCUUCGUUUGUUUCUUCGCUUUCUUUUCAUCCCUCCCCUUUUAUUUCAUUUCUCUCCUUCGCUUUUUUUUCUCUUAUUUAUUUGAUUGUUUUUUUAUCAUAUCUCGUCUGUUAUUCGAGAUCACAAGAAUCACAACCAAUGGGAGUGCCUUUUUUCACCAUUUGUUAUUCACAAGGGACAACAAUGGUGCUUAUCAUCACAUCUGUUUUACAAUCCGAUGGCAGAGAGCAACAAAAUGAGAAACGGUCAUUAUUGGUGGGAUGA